UGCCUCUAGCGGCCAAACGCGAGGCACAAACUACACAAACAGGGAAGAAGAAAGCUACGUGAAGUUAGACCAGGUAAACCCUCAACUACGACAACGAUCCACACCUGCACGUAUGUCACAGUGCGAAGGCAAGAUGAAUGUGGGGGAAUACUUCAAAAGAAUUGGUUUACAUGGCUCUUUUGAUAAACCAGAUCUUGAAACACUGAAAAUGAUCCACAGACAGCACGUCAUGUCAGUUCCCUUUGAAAAUCUCAGCAUUCACUGUGGUGAGAAGAUCACUGUGGACCUUGAGUUAAUUUUUAAUAAGAUCGUGAGGAGCAACCGUGGGGGUUGGUGCCUUGAGAACAACUUCCUGUUUGGCUGGGUGCUGAGAGAAAUGGGCUAUGACACUACCAUUUUGGGAAGCAGAGUUUGUAACCCGAGUGGUCUGGGCCCCACCGAAACUCAUCUCAUCAACAAGGUUGUCAUUGAUGGAAAGACUUACAUAGCCGAUGUAAGCUUUGGUGUGUCUUCGCAAGUGUGGGAGCCCCUAGAGCUUGUCUCUGGAAUGGAACAACCUCAGGCAGCGGGUGUCUUUCGUCUGAUAGACGAGGGGGACUUCUGGGUGCUGGAGAAGACUGGCAGAAAGCCAGAGGUUCUCAAUCCAGACUUUGCCAAAUCUAGUCUGGUGAGCAGGGAGGAAACCAAGCAGAUCUACUGCUUCACCUUGGUGCCUCGUGAGGCAAAUCAUUUCUUUGAUGUAAACCACUCACUUCAAACAGAUCCUACCUCACUCUUCACCAAUAAGUCCAUCUGCUCUUUGCAAACACCAACAGGAUUCAGAGCUCUGAUUGGUUGGACCUACACUGAGGUCACCUACAAACCUGAGGAAGGUGUUGAUAUCAUACACAUGAGGAAUGUAACAGAUGGCGAGAUAGAGCAAAUUUUGACGGAAAAGUUCGGUUUAAAGCUGCAGAACAAACUGCAGCCAGCAAACAAAAAAGCAUGCUACACAAUCUGAAAAACAAACAUUGUCUUGGAAUUGUGUGACGAUUUCAUGACUAACCAGGUAACGCAGCUUACUGAAGAAUCAUCCAUUCCAAACAUUGACAAUGCUUUCAUUUUGAUUUUUCUACAAUGAAAAUCAUGGAAUCACAUUAGGACUGAGAAAUGUCAAGUAAAUAACACUUUGAAUGUCUGGUUCCAUUGUAUUGAUCGACACAUGCCAAUAAAUAAUCAUAUACAUUUCAAUCAGAUACCUCAGUAUCCUGCAGUAAUAUAAAAGCCUGGUAAUGAGUUGUAAAGAGACCUAAUUUGCAGGCAAUAUGCUAAACAUUACUCAAAAACUUAUGAACAGAUGAGGCCAAUAUGGAAAGAUCCAGUGAAGAAAGUCUGGGUGAAAAACAGAAGAGCUCGUAAUCCAUUUUGAGUUGAAUUCCGUAGGAAUCUGACAUUAAUCUUCCAGUAGAAUGAAAUUGGUUUGCCCUGCAAGAGCAAGUGAGGGUUUGAGGUCAUCUAACCAACCAAAGUUUUAAAACAGAGAAAAUCUACUUAAAUACAUACAAUGAUAUUUGCAAUUAUACACCUUUAUAACUUGUUUAUAUGUUAUCUGCUCAGCUUGAAAUUAUACAAUGUAUAGUGUUGUAACUGGAUGCCCCUGACUUAAUCUCAUCUGUAAUCUGCGUAUUCCCACAUAUAUUAUCACCACGCUCACAUAUUUGGCUCGUGAAUCUGCAUCUUUCUCUUUGGAAAUGUGGCUGAACCAGUGAUUUGGUAAGAGGGAGGAAACAGUUUCAUAACAAGACAUUGGGGCUGUGGCUGUUGUUGCUGCUGUUGUUGAGGGGGCAUUAUGAGGUUUAUCAUUGCCAAAGAAGGCGUUCACCUCUGCUGAUAGGUGCUCAGAUCCUCUUCUUCACCCCAUAAAUGCAGAUCUUAGCAUGGAACAACAAGUGUUUGCCAGGAUAACACCAAUUGCCUUGUUCAUGUGACAAUAUGUGUAUGUUUUUUUCUGAUAACCAUUAGAUGUGUUUUAUUAAAAUGCUUCAAAUAAUACCAAAUAAUAAUAAA